GUUAGGAAUUCACUAGUGUUUUAUAGGAACCUCAUGUCUAUCUCCAUUUGUGUGUGGCAGCUACUCCUUAUGAGCCAUUCUGCCUAGAGUGUGAAAUGGAGUCCAACGACAAUGGCAAUACAGAAAUUACUUUCUCUCGACUGGACCAGGAAGAGUUGUUCUCCAAAGAAACUCUUCCCUGGUCCAGAGCACAGAUUGCUUGUAUGCGCAACAAAUGGUCCCAAGUCCUGCUGGUUGUACUUUGCUUUGCCCUGCUGUUUGGACUCAUUGCUCUGGGUGUCCUUUAUGUUGAGAAGAGUAAUAUGACCGAUUCCCUGGAGGCCAAAAACAGGAACCUCUCUACGACUUUGUUCCCACUGCAACAGGAGCUAGCAGAGAAUAGAGGGUGCCUCUGGACACGCUUCCUUGGAAGGUCCUACUACUUCUCUCCCCAGAGGAUGAACUGGGUGCAAAGUCGAGAUUACUGCCGUUCAAAAGGGGGUAAUCUGGUCAUUAUCAAGAGUGAAGAGAAACAGAGGUUUUUGCAGACCCACAUUGGUGAGACACACUGGAUUGGGCUGAGUGAUCUGGGAACUGAAGGAGAGUGGUACUGGGUAGAUGACACGCGUCUCAGCCAGCCGCACUCUCCUGCUACCGGACCUCCCUGCACGUCUACCGACUAUGAGUUCGCCUCUUCCAUCGGCACCGUGCUUUCUGUUUGUUUAUCGUUUGUUUGGCUGGAUCUACAUGUAUGGACUUUGCUUGUUUUGACUACGCUCCUGGGAUUCGUCCCGAAUAAAGCCCUGACGGGACUUUAUCCUACUAUUGUUUCUGAGUUGUGCAUUUUGGGUCCAACCCCCACGCACCUGCCUCAGAGUGUGUAUGAAUGGGUGGAGAGAAUCAUCAAUUGUACAGUGCUUUGGAUAAAGGAGAGGAAAACACUUGGAACACUGGUGAAUCUUUCCAGCAGUGGCCAGUGUGCCAAAAUUCCUCUAUGGGCGCAGCGACAACUCAUCCAAAUGAUCCGAGGAGAACAUUCAAAGCUGAGGCCUCUCUAGCCUCAGCUAAUGUCAGUGUUCAUGGCUCUACAAUAAAACAGAGAAAGGCAAAGAAGGGAUUCAUGGGUAGGUAUCAAGGUGUAAACCACUACUAAUCAAGAGAAACGUCAAUGCUCAUCUCAUAAUUGCAAAAAAGCACCUGGAUGAUCCUCAAGCCUUUUGGGGUCAUGUUUUAUGGGGAGAUUUCUGAAUGAUACAGGUCCAUUUUGUCUGGUGUAAAGCAUUUCACAGUAACAACAUCAUACCAAAAGUGGUGGUAUGGUGGUGAUGUGAUGGUGUGAGGAUGUUUUGCUGCCUUGGGACCUGGACAACCUGUCAUUAUUGAAUUCUGCCCUGUACCAGAAAAUUCUUUUGGAGAAUGUCUGGUCAUAUAUCCACGAGCUCAAGCUGAGGCGUAAUUGGGUUAUGGAGCAAGACAAUGAUCCAAAAGACAAAAGGAAGUCCACCACAAGAUGGGGUGAAAAUAAUCCAAAUUAAAUAAAUGUAAAAUAAAUAAAUAAUAGAAAUAAAUACAUUAAAACAUUUUUACACAUUUCUUUUAGUGGUUUGGUCAAUGUCCUGACUUGUGGCAAGACCUGAGAAGCCAAAAAAAUCUAAAAGCAACCUCAACAGAGAUGUGACUGUCUGAUAUCAAAUUAUAAGGUGGUACAAUCAGUUAAAAUAUUUGAGGGGAAAUUACUUUUUCACUGGGGUUGUAUGAGUGUUUGACAAUGUAUUUAAUUUAAUUUUAUGUUUUCCUUUAGACCUCCAUUUUGUCAAAAGAUAUAUUCAAAUCAGCAUGUCAAAUAUGCAAUAACAGAAGAAAUCUGGAAGGGGGCAAAUACUUUUUUAACAGCACUACAAGAUCACUACAAGAUCAUUUGACUUUAACAGUUCUUAAGUACAUUCAGUGACCAUUUUAUUAGGUAGAUAUGGACACCAGCUUCUUAAUGCAAAUAUCUUAUCAGCCAAUCAUGUGGCAACAACUAAAUGCAGACAUGGUCAGGAGGUUCUGUUGUUGUUCAUCAGAAUGCAGAAAAAAUGUGAUCUAAGUGACUUUGAACAUGGAAUGAUUGUUGGUACCAGAGGGGUGGUUUGAGUAUCUCAGAAACUGCUGAGGAUUUUCUCCUGGGAUUUUCACAUAUAGUAGUUUCUCUUUACUGAGAAAACAACCUUGGAGAGUGAUGUGGGUGCAAAACGCCUUGUUAAUGAGAGAGUUCAGAAGAGAAUGGCCAGACUGGUUCAAGCUGACAGAAAGGCAAAGUAACUCAAAUAACCACAUGGAUUUGAUUAGGUUAAUCAAAUGUCACUGAAUCAACCUCAAAAUCUCAGCUGUGAACAUGACUAUUUAGUUUAUUUUCAUGCUUUUCUCUC